CGUCACGCUGUUUGUAUAGGAAGUAUUGGAAUGAUCUGACAGGCUGACACACUUCUCAUUUAGUCGUCUCACUCGUGACAGAAUGCGUAAUCCUGCGUGAUUUAGGUCAAACCACAGAUUGUGAUUCACAGCGUCUAAAUACAUGGAGUUUAUCAACAAUGAAGGAAAAGAGCGCAACGGAACCUCUAAAGUUGCCGUCGAUCUACCACAAUUCAGCUACUAGUUGAACGUUGAAAAGCAAUGUUGAAGCAGAAUCAGCCCAAAUGCGUGCUCUUCUCUUAGUGUUGUUUUGCACCGUUGCUCUGCAAUGGGAUCGUGUCAGCUGCCAGAAAACUGUUUACCAGUCAAACACACACCUCGUCCCUCAUAGGAAUGUCUGGCGUUCAGACAGACCUGCAGAAGGCACACCGAACCGCAAUGGAGACGAGUGUGAUGUGGUGAUGAACCUGUCUGCCAGUCAGAGAUGUGAGUUUGUGAAAAAUACACCGGACUGUGCUUCAGAUGAAGGGUUCAUCAAAUACCCUGUGGUCACCUUUUGCCUGUUCCCACCUAAUCUGCUGCCCCUAGCCAUCACACUCUAUGUCCUCUGGCUGUUUGUUCUGUUCCUUGUUCUUGGGCUGAUUGCAUCAGACUUUUUCUGCCCAAACCUCUCAGCCAUUUCUUCUACACUUAGACUGACUCAUAAUGUGGCUGGAGUAACAUUCCUGGCACUUGGAAAUGGGGCUCCAGAUGUGUUCAGUGCCAUGGCUGCUUUUUCUCACCCUCAGACUGCUGGUCUUGCCAUUGGAGCACUGUUUGGGGCGGGAAUCUUUGUUACAACAGUGGUAGCUGGAAGCAUUGCUCUGGUUAAGCCUUUCACUGUGGCGUCCCGUCCAUUCCUUCGGGAUGUCAUUUUCUACAUGGCAGCUGUGUUUUGGACCUUCAUUAUCCUAUAUAAAGGCCAUAUUUCCAUGGGAGAAGCCGUGGGUCCGAUAACCGUUAUUCACUUAAUCAUAUUUAUACCAUCUUUUCAUUCAUUUAGGAAAUGUACACAUAUUUUCAAUCUGCAUGUUCCACUUUCAUGCAUAAUAUAUCGAUACAGUUAUUAUUUCAUCUUGUUAGACAAGUCAUCUGUUUCUUCCUAUCAUUCUUUUUUGUUCUCCACAGGUUAUCUGGGGCUGUAUAUUGCAUAUGUUUUGACUGUGAUUGUUAGUGCAUAUAUUUACAAUCGUCAGAAGCAUCAACUGAAUGGAUCGGCCCAGACCUCAGGCAGAGAACAGGGAGAGAUUCUCCCAUCUGAUUCAUAUAGAGAAAUUCAGAGUGCCAGCAUACAAGCACACGAUGACGGAGAGUAUGAGCCUUUGCUGCCUUACACUCAAUCCACUGCUCAGAUCUUCCUGAAUGCCAUUAACCCGGUGGACAGCCGGACCUGGAGGAGACAGCACUGGAGUGCCAAAGUCCUCAAAGUGAUCAAGGUGCCUGUAGAAGUGCUGUUAUUGUUGACAGUUCCUGUGGUGGACGCAGAUAAGGAAGAUCACAACUGGAAACGCCCUCUGAACUGUCUGCACAUAAUCACUGGGCCUGUGGUGUGUGUACUUUCCUUCCAGUCAGGAAAGUAUGGCUUACUGCUCAUUGAAGGAGAAGUUCCAGUGUGGGUGCUUAUACUCUGCAUUGGAGUCUUCCUCUCGGGCAUAGUCUUCUUCACUACCACAAAUGAGCGUCCUCCUAGAUAUCACUUUCUCUAUUCUCUGCUAGGUUUUGUGGUCAGCAUGUUGUGGAUCAGCACUGUGGCGUCUGAGAUUGUUAGUGUGCUGCACCUGCUGGGGGUUGUUCUCAGUCUGAGCAACACUGUACUGGGCCUCACCUUGUUAGCCUGGGGCAACAGCAUUGGAGAUUGCUUUGCAGACAUUACUAUAGCCCGUCAGGGAUACCCACGGAUGGCCAUUUCUGCCUGUUUCGGAGGCAUUAUCUUUAACAUGCUGUUUGGUGUGGGUCUGGGCUGCCUGCUGCAAAUCUUUCAGACUAAUAACGUUGUGAUGCUGGAACCAGAGGGGAUGCUGUGCUGGGUUCUCUCAGGAGCACUGGGUCUGUCUCUCGUCCUCUCCUUCAUACUGGUUCCUCUUCAGUGUUUUCACCUGAGCCGAGUAUAUGGCAUUUUUCUACUGAUCUUCUACAUUGUCUUCCUCCUCGUUGCUCUGCUCACUGAGUUUAGAGUUAUCCAAUUCUGACAUCAGCAGAAACACUAACUGAACAAAUGCAAAAAAAUGUUUUGACUCUCAUAGAAAUGUAUAAGAAUAUAUAUAUAUAUAUAUAUAUACUGUAUAUAUAUAUUUGUAAAUGUAUAUUUUUGAAGAUCAUGAGUCACUAGUACACUAGUUAAAUUGUUUUCAAACAAAUCUUAAAUUAUGAGAUUGAAAUUAUUAAAAUUAAUUUUAUUAAACGGGAUACUUGCGAAUAUGCUGUGGUGUUGUGUUUUUCUGUUGUAUUGAUUGAAUUCAAGCAAAGUACGAAGUCUGAUGCGAUUGAACUGGUUGAAUCGGUUCACUAAAUUCGUCCGAGCUGCUCUCAAGUCAUAAUUCGACAAUAACCUAUGAGUGAAUUGAUAGCAAAUGUGUUUUUCUGUAGCUGUACUGACUAAAUGUAUUCGCUGACUGAUCCGUAUCAGAUCAGCUUAUGUAGU